AUGCCCACCAAGACCCCCACCACAUCGGACUUCCCCAAUCUCACAGUAACAAUAACGCACCCCUCACCCUCGCCAACCUCCACAGCCCCAUCCCCAAACAUCCUUCUCCUCCUCCACGGCCUUGGCGACACAGCUGCCUCCUUCACGAAAUUCGCCCAAGCCCUCCGCCUCCCGGAGACAACAAUCAUAACCAUCCAAGGCAUCGCCCCGCUCCCCUUCGACCUGGGCGGCUUCCAUUGGGGCGACGAUGUCUCCUUCGAUUCCGCAACGGGCGCGCUAGAAAUGGAUGCUGGUUUUACCAAGGCGACCCAAGUGCUCUCUGGGAUGGUGCGUCGUACGUUAAUUACCGAGUGUGGGUAUCGCCUGCGGGAGAUUAUGGUGUUUGGGUUUGGGCAGGGUGGGAUGGCGGGGCUAGCUUUGGCGAGGGAGCUUGGGAUUGAGAGUAAGAGUGCUACUGGUGCUGAGGCUUGGGAUGGAGAGGUUGGGCCGAUUUCGGGGGUUGUUUCUAUUGGGGCGGCGUAUUCUGUUGAUGGGUCGAGGGUUGGUAAGAAUCGGUCGCCUGUUUUGCUUGUUGCUGGGAGGGAUUCCGUUGCUGUUUCUGAUGAUGCCGUCCGUAGGACUAAAUUGGUCUUUGAGUUUGUUGAGGAGUAG